AUGGCCUCUCACGACCCUGUCGCUGGUUCUGCUGACCUCUUCACCAAUCAAGGUGAAGGUGAAGCUAAUCGGGCUGAGCUCAAGGAUCAGGAUGAUGCCGCCUUGCUGCGGACCUUGGGUUACAAGCCGGUUCUUCAUCGGACAUACAAUUUGUUCGAGAAUUUUGCGACCACAUUCGCUGCUCUUUACUUUGUCGGUGGUGUUCGCGUUACUUUCAGCACUGGUAUUGCCGCCGGUGGAAACCUGGCCUAUUGGACUAGUUAUGUAGUGACCAUGGUGUUCACGUUCAUUACUGCUGCUGUCAUCGCUGAGGUUUGUUCGGCUUCUCCAUCCGCCGGGUCAAUUUACUUGUGGGCCGCCGAAGCUGGUGGGCCUCGAUUUGGCCGACUCCUUGGCUUUAUCGUCGCCUGGUGGAGUACAACGGCUUGGACGACCUUCUGUGCAAGCAACACCCAGGCUGCAGUAAACUACAUGCUUUCGGAAAUAACCGUAUUCAACCUCGAUUUCCCAUCGGACGUAAGCAGUGUCAAAUUCCGUGCAGUCCAGUGGAUCUGCACUGAGGUCUUGCUUGCUCUGGCCGCCCUGUUGAACUUUUUGCCUCCUCGAUAUUUCAGAUAUGUCUUCUGGUGGUCCGCUGCAGUCGUGAUGCUCGACUUUGUCCUGAACCUUAUCUGGCUGCCCAUUGGCACUGCUCAAACCUGGGGAUUCCGUACCACCCAUGAGGCCUUUAUGACCACAUACAACGGUACCGGGGCUCCGGCUGGCUGGAACUGGUGUCUUUCUUAUCUGGCUACCGCUGGUAUUCUGAUUGGAUUUGAUGCGUCGGGUCACGUUGCAGAAGAAACCAAGAAUGCCUCUAUCACUGCUGCUCGCGGUAUCUUCUGGAGUACCGUUGCCAGUGGGUUCGGCGCCCGACGCCGACACACUUAUGGGCUUCGGUUCCCCCAACCCUUCGUGCCUCUUUACGCCGUGGUUCUAGGCAAGGGCGGCCAUAUCUUCAUGAAUAUCAUUUGCAUUUUCGCUUUAUGGCUGAACACCGCAAUUGCCAUCAUCGCUGCCUCUCGCCUUGUCUUUGCCGUUGCCCGUGAUGGUGUACUCCCCUUUGCGGGUUGGGUUUCCCGUGUAAAGAACGGUCAGCCACGGAACGCAGUUAUUGUUGUCUGGGCUGUCGCCGCUAUAGUCACUUGCUCCAUUCUUCCAUCCUCCACGGCUUUCACUUCUCUCGUCUCGGCAGCCGGUGUUCCCAGUGCUGCAGCUUACGGUUUGAUCUGUUUGGGUCGGCUGCUUUGCACUCCGAAACGGUUCCCGAAGCCGCAGUGGAGUCUCGGCCGCUGGAGUAAGCCGUUCCAGUUUAUCGGUGUCUUCUGGAAUGGCUGGGUUGUCGCUAUCCUGUUCUCGCCCUACGCGUUCCCUGUCACUGCCGAGAACUUGAAUUAUGCCCCCAUUAUCAUGGCUGGAGUCACCAUCUUGGCAUUGAUCUCCUACUUCGUGAUGCCUGAGAGUGCCUGGCUUCCUCGUGAUCGCAUCACUCACUUCAUUGAUAGUAAGGGUGCUGUUGAGACUGUGGAUGAAGUCAGCUCCGACCAUGGUGAAUCGAGCACUGGUCGAUGA